ACGUGAUCUAUAUGAGAUCACAUAUAAAUCGUCUAUACAUAUCUUCGAAUUGCGGACGGCUGCCGACCGAAUAUGCUGUCCGAUUUCGCGCUUACCGCAUGGUAUAUAAAGUAAAAUCACAUAUUUCACAUAAGUACAGAUUUUUAUCGCUAGUAAAAAAUGCGCUGAAUAAAGAAUAUAAGGAAGCAUCGUGAAAGGGUUACGUCCGUCAGUGAAUAAGGAUAAAUCAACAUGGCAGAACAACAACAAACACCACCAGGUUUUAAGCAUAUGUCUCUGGAUAAGAUUAUCGAAGCUAUGACUGCGGAUUUGGAAAGCUCGAGUGGCCAUUAUGUUCAGUUCGGUGUUACUCCACAACAACCGACUUCUCAUAAUUGGGGCGAUUACGCACCUGGACAAGCUAGACAUCACAUCGCUAGCCAACCAACGCAUUCCAGUCCUUCCGGAAUACAACCUAUGACACCAAUGACCACUUCUCUGUACAUGCAGGAUAUGCCGAGUUACGACGCCACAACCACCGAAUCGAUAUAUUUCCCGCCGCAAACGGUAAAUCAUCUCGGUAUUAACGAGAAUAAUGAUUUGAUCGGUACCAUCGACGUUGGAGGCGGGAAUUACAUCAAUGUUAUAUAUGGAAAUGCUUCUCAAAUCAUGGCGGAGCAGUGUCAGCUCCCAAACAUAACGCCGUACCCUAAUCAGGGUAUCGUCGAUCAGGAAUACGGUCUUUUCAACGAUCAGCAUAUGGCUGUGCCGUCCGAAUUGCCGAGUCAGAAUUUUAAUGGAAAACAGCUGAUCGACAACUUGGUCGGAAACUGGGUGCCAAAUCAAUCCGGAACGUACAGUCCAUUUGGCGGAUCUCCCAAUAUCACGCCCGCACCGCAGUCGGUGUCGGACAUAAGAGAGACCGACGAGCUACCGAGAAACACGUUGGAUUCUCAGCAUAAGAAACCGAGGAUGGUGGCGGAGGUGAAGCCUAUGCGACCUUCUUACUCCGAUGUUUUAACGAAAUCCGCGCCGACUCCACCGUCUCCGUUGACGAUUCAGCCCAUAAAACCGAAAGUUGAAAUAGCGGGUAAGAAGGUCUCUAAUAAGAAUGCCAAGAGUAAGAACAAACCUGUGUUAUUGAAGAGACAGAAUUCGUCCGGCAGCGACGAACAUCACUCUCCGAAAAUGCAGAUACCUAGAAAAGUUUUAGAGAAGAAUUCUUCCAAUCUUCCGAGACGUUGGGUGUCGCUGGACAACCUUGGCUCACAGUCCGAUUCCACUCAGAUAAAUGCUUUCGAGAGAUCCGACCAGUUCUCUACGGACAGGAAGAAACCUGUGAAACCGCCGAAGAAGGCGGAGAAGAACGAGACCCUUAACAACACGAAAAUACAAAAUAGUAAUCCCAAAGUUGCUGGAAAUAUUCCGAAACGUCCGAUACAGAUAAACAACAACUUAAAUACCAUUAACACAUCUAGCCAGACGGUCUCAUCUGAAAAAAUUGAGAAGAAUCAACAAAUUAUCAACAAGAUCAGUAAAGAGGAUAAAAAAGUGACAAAGGAGAAGAAUCCGAAACGUUUUCAGACCGAAAAAACACAACAAAUUAAAAAAGGACAAAGAAACAGAAGAAGAGAAAAUCGAGAGUCUCCCGUUAAGGAUUUAUGUAAAAAUUUAAAUAAAUAUGCGACUCGUUGGAGUAAAGUUGUGUUGAAAAUAUUUUAUUGGCUACUGCAUCUGAUUUCCGAUGUAGUUAGUAUGAGCGCCAAUCUGGUUAUCCAGCUUGGCAAGUGUGCUUGGUAUCAUACCAUACUUUAUUUAAAGUGUUGGUGGGUGCAUAUGGCUGUGACAUUUUCUAAAAUUCGUAUUUUAAACGCUAUCGGUAGACAAUUAGACAAAUGGUUCGGUAGUAGUAAGUUUGCAUUUUGGCGAAAGAUAAAUACGAAGAAGAGCGAGGAGAAGGAGGACAACGGUAAUUGGAUCCACGGCGGACUGGAAGCUAAUAUCGCAUUACCCAGCACCGGCGAGGAAGCCAUGAAGAGAUUAUUGGCGUGCAAGGGAAAGGAUCCUUAUAGCAUACUUGGUGUCACGCCGACAUGUUCGGACGAUGAUAUCAAGAAAUAUUAUAAAAAGCAAGCUGUCUUAGUACACCCGGAUAAGAAUAAUCAGCCGGGAGCGGAGGAAGCGUUCAAAAUUCUGGUACAUGCCUUCGAUAUCAUUGGAGAACCGGAGCGUAGACAAGCGUUUGAUCAAACCAGGCAGGUCGAAGCAGCUUGGGGCGAACUGAGUGAUCUGCUGUCUCAACUUCAUCGAAAGAUGGAGCAGGCGGCAAAUACGAUAAGAUGUACAAAUUGUGGCUUGAGACACAAACGUGUUCCUACGCAACGUCCUUGUUACGCCGCACGGUUUUGCGCUCAAUGCAAAAUACGUCACAGUGCGAAAGAGGGUGAUAUUUGGGCAGAGUCUCGUUUAAUGGGUUUCCUAUGGCACUAUUACGCAUGCAUGGAAGGAGCGGUGUACGAUGUAACUGACUGGGCUGCUUGCCAAGCUGGGAAUCUCAAACAUCUCAGAGCGAAUUCACAUAGUGUCCAAUAUAGGAUCGUUUUAGGGCAAAGAUUACCGUCUCAAACAUCCAGCAGCGGUAAAAAGCGGCAACAAAUAGAUCCAAACACAAGUGAAGCGGAUUUCGAGGACUUUUUAAACAAUCUCUACAACCAUAGCAAAUCUGCUAGCAGUAACACAUCAGGGGAUCAAAACUCUUUUAGAGGAGAUUGCAGACGACGCAAAACUAAGCGUAAGAAGUAGAUAAGUAAUAGCAGUGACAGAAGUAACUUUGAAGCGUUUGGUACCGACAUUGUAUAACUGCGAAGUGCGUAUUAUGAAUGUAUACUAUACACAAUCUUAACUUGACAUUAUCAUUAAACAACUAACUUUAGCAUAUAGGCAAAUAUUCAUGAGACACUAACAUUUGACUGAUACAUGAUAUGAGAUUAUGCAAAACUCUGUGUUCAUGAUGAACAUACGCGUAGUAAAUGUCACCGCAUCAACUAGAAUCAUAACUCGCAUUGGAAAACUGGAGUGACAAGAAAGUAUCAUAACGAUGCGCGAUAACGCAAAUAUUCAAUGAACGAACUAUAUCAGUAAUGCAACAGUCGACAUUUUGCCAGUUUAAAAUAAUAAAAACAUUAACUUUCUAGGCUAAAAUAUAAUACAUGUCGAAUAACGUUUGUGGAAAUAUUAUGUUGCAAAGUCAUAUUUGCAUUAAGGUUUCGACAUUGUACGUAACUUCAUAGUAAACUUUCUGUUCUUCCAGAAUUAGAAAAAGACAAAACCUAGUGUCCUACUCUCUUAAUAUAUUUAUACAUAUAUGCUUCAUAUAUAAUAGAAAGUUUUAGAGAAACAUUACAUAAAAUACGAAGCUCUAGAAGGAACAUUAUAUAUGUACAUGAAUGGGAUGUUACAUGACAAGAGCUAUGCUGUCAGUUAAAGCGUAUAGCAAAAGUACAGAACUCUUAAAAACUAAUGUACGCGGAUUACAGAAAUUUUAUCCUGGCAGAUACUUGGUGAAUAGUGUAUCAAGAAUAAGAUAAAAUUUAUUGUCUAUUUCAUCAAAGAUCCAGCGUAUAUGCGUGUACAUUAAUAUAAAUACUUUUUAUAAGUUUUAACAUGUAAUAACUUACCAUUAGUAACAUUUUUCUUUCAUGAAAUAUUGUGACCAUCUUACAUAUGUGAAAGGAUCUGUUGUAUGCCGAUGAGCAAUGUAAUAAAUGCGUUUAAAAAGAAAGAAUGGAUUAUAUAGGUAAACUAUAAA